AUGAAGCAGCCUAUUGCUGCUAGAAUCAUCGAGUUCCCAUUGAAACUCACCAUGGCGAAUACGUCCAACCUAUUGGCUUUUGCCAUUGUUUUCCUGGCAUCUUUGUCUCUGAAUUCAGCUUUCGUGAAUCAAGAGUUUGUACCUCGAGAUUUUCAAAAGAAUUUUAAUCUCGAGCUACAACCGUCCUAUCGACAAAAAAGGGAAGAAAAUGCUUAUCUCGUGAAUAAGUAUAAUUCUUUGGAGUUGGAAGAAUUAUCAGACUCUCAAACCGUCCAGGAUAGAAGAGCGAUCGCGGAAGAAACAAAGAAACUUACGGAUGACAGGAAAAAUAAUACUGAAGAAGAUGAUAAGAAUGAUAUAUUGUACAAGAGCAUGCACGAUCUCAUCCAAGCAUUUAUUCUCGCGGAUAAGCAAGAUAUUGCUAUAAGGCUGCAACAAUUGCAAGAAAUAGAGAAUGCCACGGAAUCCGAGAAACUUAGCAAUUUAUCGAAACGUCAUGCAUCCGCAUCCGCAGCUGCAGCCGCAGCCGCAGCUAGCAAUCUCCUGGGAGCGAAUUUGUGGGAACCUGUGCCUCUCACCGAUUUGGAUGCUCAUUCUUGCGAAACUGAAGCCAUAGAAUAUGGUCACGUACACUUGACAGGCCUGACCGUGCACGAGUUUUUCUGCGAAUUGAGAAAGUUCUGGCAUUAUCUUUUGAUUAUUGUACGAAACAUAAGAGAGGGACUUACCUUGGGACCACUAAUCGCCGAAGAGGUCAUUGAAGGCGGCCACGGCAUCUUGAAUCUCUUGUUCCAUCAUACCCCGCGAUUUCUGCACACUGUCAUUAGAGAGCCCCAUCAUCUGCUGAUUUUGCCUGACAUAAUCCGAGACUCCAUCCCUCACCAUAGCAUUCUUGGUGCUAUUCACCGAAUCAUACAGGUCACCUUCAAGGUGGUGCACAUUGUGCGUGAGCUGCUCUUUGGACUUAUACACAUUUUCGGACACUUCUUCCACUUACAUCACUUUGGUUUGCAUCUGAGGGAGAGACUGCACGAGCAUCAUCUAGCAAAAUUGCAUCAUCUCUACGGAUAUGGUUCGAUAGUUCCGUGUGAAGACGAGAUUAUCGGUGAACCGGUAUCUAUGACAACAUCCGCAGCGGCAGCAGCAGCAGCAUCGGCGGCGGCGACGGCGACGGCAACGGCAGCAGCUUCUGACGGUGGCGUAGUUGCCCCAGAGUAUCACAGAUCGUUGGCGGACAUGUUAUCUUCUUUGCGUGGCUUCUAUGAUGGCUACCACGCGUCUGGAAUACCUCAUCUAGUUAGGACUGGCUUGCAGAGCAUCUCCACGUCCUCGGUGUAUAAUAAAAUAACUUCAUAUAUAUUCAAUGUGCCAUCAUACUUGACUAACAUAGGUUCGUAUCUAUCCAAUAUACCACGUCCGAAUUUCUAUAACGGUUUUACGUCGCUUCAACAAGGCCCUGUUGAAACUGUGAGUUCUUCGGCAUCCGCCAGCACAACAGUUACUGGAACACAACCAAUAUUUUCUAACGCACCUCUGAUUUCCGCGGUACCAAACAUAGUCUCUUCGGUGCCGGUUGUUUCUUCUUCCGGUGCUGCAAGCGCAGCAGCCACAGCAGCAGCGGCAUCAGCAGCAGCGGCGGCAUCGGCAGCAUCAGCAUCACCGAUGAUGUCCAGCUACCAGGUCGCUCCACAAGUUUACGCUCCAACUAUGAUCGAAGAACCCGCUGUGCCCUGCGCACCUGUCCAACCCACUCUAUCGUCAGGGAUCGUUUCGGAAACCAUUGAGAACACGGUAUCCGAGAGUAGUUCCUCGAGCGUGUCUGUGGCUUCUCCAGAAAGAUAUCAGAGUGUAGGAUAUCAGGGUGUCCCACUGGAAAAUUCUGCGGCAGAUGCUUCUGCUUCCGCGUCCGCCUCUGCUUCGAACGUCAGCCCAGUAAUCAGUGCUGGUUCAGUGCCACUUAGCCUGCCGUACUCACUAAACAGAUACAGUUCCAGACCCAUCUUGUCCGCUAUCAGACCCGCGAGUGCUGCGUCCGCUUCCAGUAGCGCAUCGGUUUCUUCAGGCGGCAAUUUGAUCGAGCCGGGUCAAUAUACAGGACUCGAUUUGAAUCUCGGUGGCAGAGUUCCGCUGAUCAGAUCGCGACUUCUUCCUUCUGCUCUUCAUUCCGUAGCCCCUUCAUCGGCUGCCGCUGCAGCAUCAUCGGCUUCCGCAGGUGCCGCCGCAGCUAGCUCGGCCAGCUCUGUCUCGGGCGGCCUCAAUUUUGCCUUGCCCAGGCAACAUAUCAUCAAUGCACUAGGCCACGAUUAUCUGACACCGGGCGAUCUUAUAUCAAUUGCCCUGAGGAAUAAGGCGACCUUGAUAGGCCGCGUACUGGACGGCAAUAGCCCAAUCAAUUUCGACUUCCUCAGACCGAGUUUACGCGCUUCCCUUCUCCGUCGAGGUGGACGUAUCUGGAAUCUCUCACCCCAGGACUUCCGAGAUCCUGAGUGCGUCCGUAGACUUAACAGUCCUCUUCUGUUGCGUCAUGUCCUUUAGAUUUCAUAUAUUAUGUAUCUCAUAACUAGUCCUGAACCAUUAUCAACUAUCAACAUGUAUAUACCAAAUGAUUGUAAUCAAUUGAUUCCAAAUAAAGAUAUAUUCUGAAA